CUAGAGCCGGAUUUCCCACUGGGAACCUAGCCCUAACCCCAAUCCCAAGCCCCGCCUUCGAUUCCACUUCCUCUCCUCGCUCUCGCGUCGGCGGCGGCCGCUUCUGCCCGAUCCUGGAGCCGCCAUGAAGUCCCGGGGCCUCGCGGCCGCGCGGCGAUCCGCUUCCUUCCACGGCCUGGCGCAGGGGGCCUCCGACCGGGCAACGCCGAUCCAGCUACCGGAGAACCACCGGAAUCUCCCUCGGCGGCCGGAGAUCAACGGAGGGGUGGCGGGGCAGCGGCUGACGAAGGUUUUGCUGAACCUGACGAUCGAGGGGAGCGUGGGGCCCGUGCUCUUGGUGAUGUCGCUGGAGAACACGGUGGCGGAUAUCGUCCGGGCGGCGGUGGAGACAUACGCCAAGCAGGGCCGCCGACCGCUGCUCCCCCACACCGAUCCCAAGGCUUUCAACCUCCACUACUCCCAGUAUAGCCUAGAGAUUUUGAAUCCGGAGGAGAAACUGAUCGCCUUGGGAUCUCGGAACUUCUUCUUGUACUCGAAGCCCUCGAAGCCGGCAAACAUGGUGGUGGGACGCCAGAAUUAUGGAGCCAAGGAGGUGCCGGCGGCUGCCGUGAAGUCGCGUUGAUUUUAGAAUUUUUGAGUCGUGGAAUAUCGAAUUUGACACGGAAUUUCCGAAUUUGUCUCUGGAUCCAUUCUUGAAUUUUGGAAUAAUGUUAGGUCUUCCUAUUUGUUUUUGGUGGAAGAAGUCUAUAUUUUAAUAAGAUAGCAUGCUCUAUCAGAUGAACCAAUUCAAUGGUUCUCCCCACACCUCUUUGUAUUCAAACUAUUCAAGAUCAAAAUAUGAAUGAGAAUUCGUUAUGUUAUCCACCA